AUGGCACUCUGCCUAGUGCAGAUUUCGCCCAGGUGUCGCAGUUCAUCUGCGGGCAUUGUGGAGGAGCUUCAGGGCUACGAGGAUCGGCCGCUGCCUCUGGGAGAGGCCGUCGCAAGACUAGCGGAUCUGGUCACCGAGUGGAAAUACAAGAAAGUGAGCAUAGACCAGCUGCGCGAGACCAGCGAUCAUCUCCUCGAAACGUUUAACUGUGACUGCACACCUCGGCUGGAGGUGGCGCUACUCAACGAUCGAUAUCUUGUCCUCAAUGAAUAUGUACAGGGGCAAUUAUCAAGAGCGAAUGGCCUGUACAAGAGCCUGGAGGAGACUCUCACGCACUGCGACACGUACCUGACAGAGAUGGCCACAUCAGUGGCUAGCGGCCAUCCGGUGGUGGCCAGAAAUGCUGAAGAGGUGCAGGAGCUGUUGCUGAAGACGCAGAAAAUGCUAGAGGAAGUUGGUGACAAGAGCGCAAUCCUUCAGGAGGAGGUCAAACAGACGGGAGAACUCGGGGAAUGUCCUUUGAAAGAGCUCGACACCCAUGUGCAGCAGAAGUUCGACCGUGUCAUCGCUAUGAUCGAGGAGCGGCUGGUAACGAUCCGGAAGGCGUUCAUGGAGUGGGCCGACUACCAGAAGAUGAAGUCAGACGUGGAGACAGUGAUCCGACCAGCUGCACUCGCUCUCAAGGAGGUGCAGCAGGUGCCAGUACAGCGCGACGACGAUGUGCUGCAGAGCAACAUUGACAAGGUCACGACGAUGAAGGAGGACCUUGAGGAUGUCAGCCAGCUGUUCAGCGAGCUUCAGCGUAUAUACAGCGCCCUCUGUCCCGGCGUUGACGCCGACGAGGAUUCUGACUUCCAGCAGCUUCACAAUGACUACACAGAGCUGAGUGAGCAGGUGGCCACUCUGCUCGAGAUCUACCUCAGGUGCCAGACACUGUCAGCUGAGUACACAGAGCUGUUGGCCACUAUUGAGACACAAUUGGAAGAUUAUGAAAAGCAGCUGUUUACUCUAAAACAUGACACUGAGAUGACACCACAGGACAAGAUUAAAGAUGUCGAGAUUCUGCAUGAAGCUGUGAAGGAACUGAAACCAAGUCUGGCGAGACUCCGAAAAUUAGUCAGCUCUGAACUGGCGCCUCUCCUUUGUGAGAGUGAUGAAGCUGAGCUGACGCAGAGUGUUAGUGGUGUGGAGCAGAAGUGGACAGACCUUCUGCAGGACACUCGGACUUGUGCUGACCACCUGAAAUCACAGGCUUCCAGCAAUGAGCUGCUGGCUGCACUCCUGUGCAAGGAGCAGACCUGGAUUGAACAGAUCACAGAAACACUCACCAAUCCGGUGGAGGUUUCACUUCAACCCAACGCUGCUAAGAAAGCGCUGAGAGAAUUUGAGUCGAUGUGUAUUUCUGUUGAUGCACACAUGGUAGAGUACAAAACACAGCUGACAGAGCAGCUUUCUGAGAUGGAGAAGUCUGGUAAGGAGGUAGUACCUGAAUUCCAGCACCAGGUGGAGGAGAAUGCUGCAGGACAUGAUAGUGUCAAGGCUUUACUAGAGGAGCGAAGAACCACCCUACAAGCUGCUAAAGUUGAUCGUGCAGCAUACAGCAAGGACGAUGACAAUGUGACAACAUGGCUGACCAAGGCGGAGGACAUUCUGAGUCCACCUUCAGAAGGAGUUAGUGGCGAAGCUCUCCCUUCUCAGAUACAGAACGUUCAGGUGUUUUUAAGCACUGCCACCUCGCCUCAAACGUCUCUGAAGCAAAUGACAGCACUUGUAGAGAAGAUGGCACCAACAAUGAAUGCGGACGAUUCGCUGGACAUUGCCAACCAUGUCAGUCAGCUGAUUUUGAAACUCAAUGUCACCUUGGAGCAGACAGUGACAUAUCAGGAGACACUUGGCAAGCAGUAUGCCACGUGGCAACAAUACCUGACACACGUGAAGGAGAGUAGCUUAAUGCUGGAUGCAAUGGAGCACAAGAUGAAGCAGCUAAAGGAGGCAAAGCCCCUUACUGCAACUGCUAUUGAGGAGCGCCUUCAGAAGAACCAGGAGUUCACUUGUGAGUUAGAACAAAAGAACUCUCUGGUGGAUGAUGUUGCUUUGUCGGCCCGCGCUGUCGAGCGGCACAGCGAUUCGGAAACGCGCCUGCAGGUGGAGCGAACUGUUACUGUGAUAACAGAGCGGUGGCAGCUCAUCAACCAGGAGGUGGAAUCCCAGGAAGCAGCACUCAGGCAAAUGAUUGGAAGCUGGGAGACGUACAACGAGGCCGUGUCGUCGCUUACUACCAAGCUGGACUUCACAGAAAGCAAGGUUCCAGUCUCAGAGGUGGAGGUCUUUUCAAGGGAUGAACUGCAGUUUGAAAUUUCUGCAACGGAGGAGUUACUCCUGGAAGUAGAACAGGUGAUGAUUGACUUGGAUGGCAUGAGAACUACUGGUAAAAGCCUUAUCGCACUGCUGCCUGCAAAGGAGGUGCAAUCACCAAUCAUAGAUGAGAUCAAAGGCGAAGAAGAGCGAUGUGCAAGGUUGGAGGAGACAGUGAGUGAGAUCUUCUUCAGGCUGCACCAGGAGGUCUCGAUGAGAGAUUCCUUCCACUCGGAGGUGACCGUCUCAUUCACAGCACUGCAAGAUGCCGAGGUCAAGCUGGACAACCUGACGGAGAUGACCACAGACGAUGAGCGCGUUGAAGCACAGAAGAUCAUUAGAGAGGAGGUGACUGUACACGUCACACGUGUGGAGACAUCAGUAGUGCGCUACAUGCAGACACACGACGAACUGCCGGAGGAAACAAGCAAACUGCUGUCAGAGUUCGACUCAAAGAAAGAUGCGGUUAUUGCUAAGCUUGAUGCGGCCGAACAGGAGCUUAAUGCGGUACGCACGCUACGUGUAGUGUACAGGACGAUGGUGCAGCAUAUCAUUACACACAUACACACCAUCAUCACAAGGAUUCGUACGACGGUGAUCACCACAACGACCUUCAAUGUGGCUCAGCAGCAGCAGCAGGCUAUUGUGCAAGAGCUAGAUGAAUGCAAGGCCGAGAUAGAGGAAGCUCGCAAAGAAGCUGAAGCUCUCUGUCAGGUGACCUCUGACCCUGAAGAGGUCAAGGACAUUUUGAACAAGAUUGCAGAGCUGAAUGAACAGUGGUUAGAGGUGCAGACACUCGUUAAUCAGAGCUCACAGCAGCUUGGUGAGGCCACAGAGCUGUGGUUCUGUUACGAGGACUCUCGGACGUUUGUCACUGAGUGGGUGGCAGGCACAGAGAAUGCGAUUGCGAUUCAGCAGGCGUCAGGCAGCACCGAACCGAUAGAUGUACAAGUCAAUGAGCUUGAGGGUUUCAUGAAUGACUUCGUUCAAGUACACCACCACAUUUCUCUUAUGGAGGAUACACUGGAACAGUUGGAGCAAGUGCAGAUACCUGUUGACCAGGAAAAGCCCAUUGUUGCGGCCUUAUCUUCCACAGUCAAUCAGUUGGAAGAGGUCGUCAAAGGCAGAGUCAAUGCACUUAAGAUCGAACAGGACGAAGAGCGAGUGAGGUUGUCUCAGCUCACCACCGUUACCACGACAACAGUGGUCACCACCGUGACGACGAAGCCGGAAGUCGAUGUACUGGAGUCUCCGUCGGCCAUGGAGGAGAUGCCGUCGCCGAGCGACGAGACGUCCCAGCAGGCACUGCCUCAGGAGGCGGCGCAGGCCGUGCUGAGUCCAGACGAGGCGACCGAGGACACCGGAUACUACAGUGUCGAGGACCUGAGACAGGUCGUCUCACCUACGAGUCCUAAAGCUCGAGAGACGGCCGUCGUGACCGUCGCCGACGUGCUUGCCGUGGAGAAGGCAAAGGAGCGCCCCGAGGCGACCGCGGAGGAAGCUCUCAUCGCGUUCGAGGAUGAGGAGGCUGCGAGCUGGAGUGAAACGGUCGUCGAGACGACGACGGAGACGACGACGGAGACGGCGACGACGAUCGUGAAGGAGCAGGUCUACACGGAGGUGGACGAUGAGUCGACAGAGUUUGUCAUCAUCGAGAAGGAGGAGGUCGACACGGGCGUGUCACACGUGGGAGAGGAAAUUGAGACGAGCGAACAGAAGGAGGUGCGCGAAGAAGAGGCACCGGCUAUGCAGGAGGAUGAGCAGGAGAAGGAAGCGUUUGUGCUUGUGGAUGAAGAGGAAGCUGAGGCACAGCCAGAGCAUCCUCCGUUGGCAGAGGAUGAGGUGGGCCCUGCGAAGAAGUCGAAAAGAAAGCGAAAACCUAAGAAGAAGAAGAAGAAGCAUCCGUCUGAUCCUCAUGAAGUUGUGGCUGCAGAUGAAGUAGAAGAAGUCGCCGAGGAUGGAAUGGUGGGAGAAGAGCACGCCAAAUCAGAGCCAGUAGACGAGAUGGACGUAAUUAAUGUUGCAGCACAGAAGGAAGACAUCGAGGAGACAUCAGUGACGAUCACAGAGAAAGCGGUCAUCGAAGACGUGAGAGUCGAUGAGGAGCUACCAGAAGGUGUUGAGAAAACGGGCGAGGAGGAAGGUGAAGAUGAGGAAGUCCAUGGCAAAAAGAAAAAGAAACGAAAACCAAGAAAGAAGAAGAAGAAGUCCCUGUCAGAACCUGCAGAGGCAGAGCCAGAGGUGGCAGCCUCAACUCGUGAAGUGAUCACUGAAUCCAUCACCACAGAAGUAGUCACUACAAAGGUUAUAACUUCAGAUACCAUCACUGAAGAAGAUACUACAGGAGAACUUGCUGAAAAUGCAAUCACUACUGAAGUAGUUACAGCAGAGAAUGACACUGCUGAACCAGUCAGUAUAGAAGUGGCUACCACUGAAGAGGUUGCAACUGAACCAACCACUACAGACGUGGUCACUACUGAAAUUGUAACUACGAAACAUAUAACCACAGAAAUAAUCACAACAGAAGAGAUCACUACUGAACCAGUUACCACAGAAGAGAUCACUACUGAACCAGUUACCACAGAGGCACUUACAACAGAAGAGGUUGCUACUGAACCAGUUACCACAGAGGCACUUACAACAGAAGAGGUUGCUACUGAACCAGUCACUGCUGAGGUAAUCACUACAGAAGAGGUAACUACGGAAGAUUUCACUGAUGAGCCUUCACUCCCAACUGAGAGCCCUAUCGACUUCACGACAGAAGAAGCCGAGGUCUCUUCUCCGCACACUGUUGAAGAUGAAUCUACUGAUGUAUAUGAUGAAGCACCAGGAAGGAAGAAGAGGAAGAGAAAGCCGAGGAGGAAGAAGAAGGCAGGAGUUGUGGUGGAGCAGCCUGGGGAGUCUACAGAAGACACGAAAGAUGAUCAGUAUUUUGUCACGGAACCAGACGAUGAUGUUGACACAAGAGACGAGGCAGAGAAACGUGUGACAGAGGUGACAACCAUCAAGAAGACGGUGAUAACUGAAGAAUUACGUGAGAUCACUGGAGAACGGGUGCUGGUCACAACAGACGAAGCUGAGUUCAAAGACAUUCCACAGAGUUUGUCAGAGGAGGAUAUUGUUGUGUGUGAGGAAGUCACUGAUGUUGAUGCUGAUCAACUGCUACCCGAAUUCACUACUGCUCAUCAAAAACUAAAGGAACCUUCAGAAAGCCAAGAGCUUCACUUGGAUGAGGUCACUAAAGGCACGCAGAAAAUAGAAAAUGUCAAAUACGCCGUAGAGGAAACACAGAUGGAUGCAGAUCCAACAACAACAACAACAACAACAACAACAACAACAUCAGCAACGGAAACAACAAAAAUACAAAUUGAACACCAACUAAUUGACUCUGUACUAGUGGGUGACAGUUCAGAAAUAUGCAUUGGGAAUGAAAAUGUAGUAGAAACAACUAACAUUACAAGCCAGAUCGAAAGGGAAUCUGUGAUAGAGGCAUUCGAGCACAGGACUGCUGAAAUAGAAAUACCUACAGAGCGAGAAAGACAGUUUGAACUAUUGAGUUCUACCACAGAUGUGGGUAAAAAUAAGAAGCUCGAAGGUUCAGACCUGAGUUCAGAAAAGCUAGCAGCCAGUCAGAAAUUAGCAGGACAUACAGAAGAACGCCGCAUUAGCGAAUAUGAUGAUGUUUCAAUACCGGAUAUAUAUGAUGAUUGGGGAGUGCUCCCUGAAGAGAAAUGUACCGAGAUUGUAGAAGUAGUAAAUCAAAUGGGAAGUGGAGGAGAGCCUGCUGAUGUGUCGGACGCUGAGAUAGAUUUGAAAACUGAUGAUCCCAGCUGGGUUGCUAUAUCUAAUGUUCAGUUUGGCUUGGAUAAACAAGCAGUGGUGACAGAAAUGAGAACAGAACUUGAAGACCAAUCCGUAGCUCUCUAUAGCGAUGAGGUUAUACCUGAGAUUUAUGACGAUUGGGGUUUGGGUGAAGAUCAGGCAUAUAGAAUAUCGACUGCAAUUACUGGAGACAGGGUGGACGUGACUACUGAGCUGACACUAUCUCAUGAAGAAGUGGAAACACCGAAUGAGCCUACAGAGCUGGAGAUAUCUAAAAUUGAAGUGAAAACUGACAGGCCCACUGGGCUGCGAGCAGCUGAGGCAGAUGUAGAAUAUCAAGAAGCGCCUAGAGUGUUACCAACACCCGAAGAAGAACUAGUCAAGCUAGAAGAGCAUACGGAAGUGCUAAUAGCUGAGGUGGAAGUAGAGACGUCAGAAGAGCCUUCUGAGCUGCUAAUAGCUGAGGUGGAAGUAGAGACGCCAGAAGAGAAAAUAGAAGAGCCUUCUGAGCUGCUAAUAGCUGAGGUGGAAGUAGAGACGCCAGAAGAGAAAAUAGAAGAGCCUUCUGAGCUGCUAAUAGCUGAGGUGGAAGUAGAGACGUCAGAAGAGAAAACAGAAGCGCCUACUGAGCUUGUAGCUGAGGUGGAAGUAGAGACGCCAGAGGAGAAACCAGAAGAGCCUACUGAGCUGCUAGCUUAUGAAGAAGAAAUUAAACCAACAGAGAGUAGUGAAGUGCUGCCAACUGAAGUGGGAGAAGAUAAGCAAGAAGAGCCCUCUGACUUACUGAUGGCUGCGGUGAAGAAUCAAACUGAAUUGACAAAGGCAGAAGAAGAGCUAGAGAAAUCAGACGUCUCCAUUGACAGGGCAACAACUGCGAAAGAAGUAGAGACACCAGAAGACCUUGCACAUGGAGCGGCCGCUGAGAUAGAUUUGUCAACUAUAGAUCCCCAAAUGGUUGCUAUACCCAAUGCUGAGUUUGGUUUGGAUAAACAUGCAGUGGUGACAGAAAUGAGAACAGAACCUGAAGACCAAUUCGUAGCUCUCUAUAGAGAUGAGGUUAUACCUGAGAUUUAUGAGGAUUGGGGAUUGGGUGAUGAUCAGGCAUAUGAAACAGCGACUGAAAUUCUGUAUCCUAUGGGAUUUUUAGAGAGGGUUGACGAGACUACCGAGCUGCGAAUAGCUGAGGUGGAAGUAGAAAGGCCAGAAGAGAAAACAGAAGAGCCUUCUGAGCUACUAAUAGCUGAGGUGGAAGUAGAGAUGCCAGAAGAGAAAACAGAAGAGCCUUCUGAGCUGGUAAUAGCUGAGGUGGAAGUAGAGACGUCAGAAAAGAAAACAGAAGAGCCUUCUGAGCUGGUAAUAGCUGAGGUGGAAGUAGAGACGUCAGCAGAGAAACCAGAAGAGCCUGCUGAGCUCGUAAUAGCUGAGGUGGAAGUAGAGACGCCAGAAGAGAAAAUAGAAGAGCCUUCUGAGCUGGUAAUAGCUGAGGUGGAAGUAGAGACGCCAGAAGAGAAAACAGAAGAGCCUUCUGAGCUGCUAAUAGCUGAGGUGGAAGUAGAGUCGCCAGAAGAGAAAACAGAAGAGCCUUCUGAGCUGCUAUUAGCUGAAGUGGAAGUAGAGACGCCAGAAGAGAAAACAGAAGAGCAUACUGAGCUACUAAUAGCUGAGGUGGAAGUAGAGACGCCAGAAGAGAAAACAGAAGAGCAUACUGAGCUGCUAAUAGCUGAGGUGGAAGUAGAGACACCAGAAGAGAAAACAGAAGCGCCUACUGAGCGGCUAAUAGCUGAGGUGGAAGUAGAAACGCAAGAAGAACCCACUGAGCUGCUAGAUUAUGAGGAGGAAAUGAAACCGACAGAGAGUAGUGAAAUGCUGGCAGCUGACGUAGGAGAAGAUAAGCCAAUAAAGCUCAUUGAGCAUACAACCACCGAGGAAGAAGUAGCGGUGACAGACCUGCCCUCAGAGUGGCCAACAACUGUGAAAGGAGAGAAACCAGUUGAUACCACUGAGCCCCCAGCUUCUGAUGAUAAAAUUCUGAUAGAGGAACGACCCAUUAAAGCAGCUGAUAUCCCCGCUCCUGAUGCAGAAGUGAAACAAUGUGAGCCUCCAGAAGUUACACCAGCAGAACUAGAAGAGAACCCACCAGAGUCCACUAAGAUACCCAUACUAGAUGUAGAGCUGGAGAGACCAAAUGAUACAAUAGAGGUUACAAUGUCUGCCAUAGUAGAGAGACACAAAGAGUCGCGUGAAACCUUAGCAGAUGCGAUAGAAGUGAAACCAGACAUGCCUACCGAACCAUCAACAGCUGAAGUGGACGAGAAACCAGAACAGCAUAUUGAUACAACAAGAAACGAAGAUGUAUGCGUUGAAAUCCUUUACCGGGAAUCAGACGAUAGCAUUGAGACAAUAACCACAACCUUAACAACAACAACAACAACACGGACUGAAAGUUUGGAAACCGAUAUAUCGGGCCCAGAAAACACUUUGCAACAAGAUACAGAAUAUCCCCAAACAUCGGGGCCUGUUUCAAUUGUUGAGAUAGUUGCUGAAGAACUGGAAAACUCUGGUACAACGAGUGUCACAAAAAUCACAAAGACUCUCAUAAGUAGAGAAACAGUUGAUGUUACUGAUAGUUGCCCUGCUGCUCAAGGUGUUAGUUGUUAUGAACAGGGUGUUGAUGUAAUGACGGAAUAUAUUCAAACGGAUUCACGUUUGCAAGAAGCUGAUGUGGCUGCUAUUAGACAUGAGCUCGAAAAAACCAGUGACGUAACAGUCAAACAUGAAACAUUUGAGCAAAAUCUGGGCUUAGGCCUGCCUUUAGCUGAUGUGUCAAGGGAAACUGACUAUGCAACCGAGGUUACUUCACAUGAAGCAGAAGAUAGUACUGAAACAACUACUACAACUCUCAUAACAACCGUGGCAACUACACGGACUAUAGAAUCCAUAGAGGUGGAACCAGAUAACAUUUCAUCGAAUGAAAUUAUAGCUACAGCAACAGAACCACACCAAUCAACAUUAAUUGUUGAUAGUCAUGAGACGGAAGACGAAUCUGGUACACUGACAUCUGUGACGAAAUUGACUAAAACGGUUAUCACGACUCGUGUUGAAGACGUCACUGACUUAACUGCUGAACUAGAAGAGAAGGGAGCAAAUGUGCUUUUUGAUGUUAAUAAGUCAGUGGAUAUGUUGAAAAUGGAAGAGAGGCGAACGGAGGUUACACUUGAUCGUCAACCUACAGAACCUACUGUGGCUUCUGAAAGGGAAGGCGCCGGGGAAAUCAAGUGGGCCGUCAUAACGGAGCCGAAUCUAGACAAAGAAGGCGAUGACACGGUGUCACAGGAGCAGGAAACGAAACCAGAUAGCGACGCAGAAUUUCUACCCAAGACAGAAAUGAUCAGUAGUGCGGUACAGGUAACAACGAGGAUCACUGAAACAACAGAGACGUCUAUCGGGGAUGCAGAUCUUUCUCAACUAAUGACUCCAUCUACAACAGUUUCAUCUAUGCUUACACAACACCAUGUUGACACUAUUGUUAAAUUAGAGACAGUUGAGGAGGCAGAGGCAGAUGAUGUGACGCAUGUACAAUUUCAUAAGCUAGAUCUACAUGAAGAAAUGAAUACAGCUGAUGUCGAGUUAGAAAUGGCUGAACCGCUUACUGAGGUGCAGACACCAGAGCAGCCUAGUGAAGUAGAAAUCGCUGAGGUUGAAAUUGAGAAACCAGCAGAACCUACUGAGAUCUCUACAGCUGAGGUAGAGUUUGAGAAACCAGAACAUCCAAGUGAAGUAGAAACUGCUGAGGCUCUAAUUGAAAAGCCGGAAGAACCUACUGAGAUCUCUACAGCUGAGGUGGAGUUUGAGGAGCAAGAGCAGCCUAGUGACGUAGAAACUGCUGAAAUUGAAAUUGAGAAACCAGCAGAACCUACAGAGAUCUCUACGGCUGAGGUAGAGUUUGAGAUACCAGAGCAGCCUAGUGAAAUACAAAUCGCCGAGGUUGAAAUUGAGAAACCAGCAGAACCUACUGAGAUCUCUACCGCUGAGCUAGAGUUUGAAGAGCAGGCGCAGCCUAGUCCAGAAGCAACUGCUGAGGCUUCAAUUGGAAAAUCAGAAGAACCUACUGAGAUCUCCACAGCUGAGGUAGAAAUCGAGAAAAAAGAGCAGCCUAGUGAAGUAGAAUCUGUUGAGGUUGAAUUUGAGAAACCACCAGCACCUACUGAAUUCUCUACGGUUAAGGUAGAGUUUGAGAAACCACAACAGCCUAGUGAAGUAGCAACUGCUGAUAUUGAAAUUGAGAAACCAGCAGAAUCUACUGAGAUCUCCACAGCUGAGGUAGAGUUUGAGAAACCAGAGAAAUUAGAUGAACAGACAGCGGCUGAAACAGCUGAAUUUAUUCAUGAAGAAUUGGAAGAACCUGCUGCCUUGUUAGAUGUGCCAGGCGAUAUGGAAGAAGUGACAACUGAGGAAGAAGUUGACCACGCUGAAAAUGGCCAUGAGCCAGGGAAAAGAAAGCGGAAGCGAAAACGUAAGCCUCGCGGCAGAAGACAAAAGAAGCAUCCUGACGAAGAUGAUGGCAUGGCAGGGGAAGUCUCACUUGUUGUUAGCGAUAUGGCUUCCCAUGAAGUUGAUAAAACACGCGACAUUACUGAUAUUGGACCAUCAGAUGAAGUACAGGAAACUCAAGAGGUGAUCAUUGCUGAAUCAAUGCAUGAGAAAGCACAUGAGCCAACUGAGAUAUCUAUAGCCGAGGUAGAGUUUGAGAUACCAGGCCAGCCGAGUGAGGUAAAAGCUGCUGAGAUUGAAAUUGAGAAACCAGUACAACCUACUGAGAUCUCUAUGGCUGAGGUAGAGGUUGAGAUACCGGAACAUCCAAGUGAAGUAGAAACUGCUGAAGUUGAAAUUGACAAACUGGCAGAACCUACUGAGAUCUCUACAGCUGAGGUAGAAUUUGAGAAACCACAACAGCCUAGUGAUGUAGAAUCUGCUGAGAUUGAAAUUGAAAAACCGGAAGAACCUACUGAUAUCUCCACAGCUGAGGUAGCGUGUGAGAUACCAGAGAAAUUGGAUGAACAGACAGCGGCGGAAACAGCUGAAUUUAUUCCUGAAGAAUCGGAAGAGCCUGCUGCCUUGUUAGAUGUGCCAGACGAUAUUGAACAAGUAACAACUGAGGAAGAAGUUGACCACGCUGAAAAUGGCCACGAGCCAGGGAAAAGAAAACGUAAGCGAAAACGUAAGCCUCGUGGAAGAAGAAAGAAGCAUCUUGACGAAGAAGACAGCAUGGCAGGGGAAGUAUCAAUUGUUGUUAGCGAUAUGGUUUCCCAUGAAGCUGCGAUCUCUACAGCUGAAGACGAGGUUAAGAAAAAAGAACAGCCUAGUCAAGUAGCAACUGCCGAGGCUGAAAUGGAGAAACCCUCAGAACCUUCUGACAUCUCUACAGCUGAAGACGAGUUUGAGAAAUCAGAACAGCCUAGUGAAGUACUCGUCGCUGAGGUUGAAGUUGAGAAACCAUCAGAACCUACAGAGAUCUCUACAGCUGAGAUACAGUUUGAGAAACCAGAACAGCCUAGUGAAGUAGCAACCGCCGAGGUUGAAAUGAAGAAACCCUCAGAACCUUCUGAGAUCUCUACAGCUGAGAUACAGUUUGAGAAAUCAGAGCAGCCUAGUGAAGUACUCAUCGCCGAGGUUGAAGUUGAGAAACCAUCAGAACCUACUGAGAUCUCUACAGCUGAGGUAGAAAUUGAGAAACCAGAAGAGCUUGCAUCAGUGCCAACAGGUGAGAUAGAAGUAAAGAAAUCAGAAGAGCUUGCCGAAGUGCCAACAGCUGAGAUAGAAGCAAAGAAAUCACAAGAGCCUGCCGCAGUGCCAACAGCUGAGAUAGAAAUAAGGAAACCAGACGAGCCUUUUGAAGUUCCAAUGGCUGCAGCAGAAGUGCAGGAACUAGAUCAAUCUACUGAGCAACAUGAAGGAGAUGUGGAGAAACCAUCGGAGCCUGCACAAUUGGUAAUGGCUGACAUAGAAGUAAGACGAGAAGAGCAGGUAGAGGUCUUAACUGCUGAUAUAGAAGUUGCGAAACCAGAGAUGUCAGUUGAGUUGGCAGAUAUUGUGGAAGAGGUGAGACCCGACAGUGCUACUGAGUUACCAACCUCUGAGGAAGAAGAGAGACCAGAUCAGGUUACUGAGCAACUAACAGCAGAUAGAGACAGAAAACCAGAAGAGCCUACUGACUUGGCAACAACUCUCCUGACCGUAAUAUCAGAGCAGACGAUAUCUGUAGAAGAGGUUGGAACAGCACAGCCUCCAUUUAUCACCACUGCCGAAGCACAAGUCAAAGCAAACGGUGCUAUGCCUUCAGUAGUGUCUCAUCUAGAAGAGGUAUCUCAGGACUUGAUGAAACCAGAGCAUUCACAGGAGGUUACGACACUUGAUGUAGAAGUUGAGGAAUCACAAGUUGGAGAGCAGCAUGUACAAGCAUCUGAUGUUAACUUGGCUAGAAAGGUACAACCUGUGGAGGAAUGCUUAUCUCUUGCAGGUGCUACAGAAGAACCGAUUACCGAACAAGUAGGCUAUUCAAAGUUGGAACGCGUUCUUGAAGAAUUGGCUUUGUUGGAGGAAGCUGUUAGGAAGGGCGAGGAAGCUGCUGAAGUUAUCCUGGAAGAGCUUUCUGUAGAGGAUCACUCCAUAUGUUUGGAUCGCACUGUUUCAUCAGCCAUUGAUGAACUCCAAGCUGAUGAUAGCAUUGUCGAUGAUUUGACUGAUAUAGACGAUGCAAUGGUAAUAGAAAGUGAUGAUGUGCUAGAAAAUCUUGCACUUGACAUCGAUAGAGAUGUAUCACGUGAAAUGGACAUUCAAACUCAUGUCUCAGCUGAUGAGCAUGAUUCUCAACUUGAACGGGUAGCAGAGAGUAAAGAAUUGGUUCUUGAACCUUCUCUCAUCACCGUCGUAGAGACAGAUGGCAAAUUAUUAAAAGUGGCUGCAGAUGAGAAAGUCUUGGAUGAUAGUACCGUUUUGGCUGAUGCUUUGCAAAAUAAGAGUGAAGAUUCCCUAAUAUUGUCUGAAAUGGAGUUUGCAAAUGAUAGUAGGGAUAUGGCAACUCGCAGCAUUUCUCCAGUGGUUUUGACUAUACCCGUACAGAAUGAGGGGAUGGGUGAAGAAACUACGUAUAAGGUUAAAAAGAAAAAGAAAAGGAAGGAAACGAAAAGAAGUAUGCCGAUGUCAUCAGAUGUCCAAGCUGUUACAUCGAUAUAUCUGUCUGUUUCCUUAGAUGUUUCAUUAGAAUCAGGUGAUACUUCCAAAGAGAUACUAUAUGAGGUACCUCAGCUGGAAGUACCAGAAAUGCCGACAUCAACCACUACAGAGCGCACUAUCGACGUGGCAACGCCUGUCCAAGAGCAAGAGGAAAUAAUCACAUUUUUAAAUAUACCAGCAAACUUUGAAGAUGUAACCAGAGAUGUUGUUUUCGCAGUGCCUCAUCCAGCAGAGAAGAAGAAAAAGAAAAAGAAACAGAAACCUGUUGCCAAGUCUCUGGAAACUACCGAUUUGGCUACUGCUUUGAGUGCGGUUUGCCUAGAUGCACUGUUAGAGACUGCUAGUACCCGUAAAGAAAUAGUGUUUGAGGCAUCUCAACAUGUUAUAAAAGAAGAAGAUACACCAGUGGCCGAAUCGACUACUCAGGAUAUAACACCGUCUGAUCAAGUGAUGGAGGUUACUAUCGCAACAUUACAUAUAAUGGCAGACCGUGAGGAUCUACCUAAACAUGCAGUUUUUGAAGCAUCACUUGCAACAAAGAAGAAGACGAAGAAGAAGAAGAGAGUAAAGGAACCUGCUCUAGUUACACACUCCGAAGGAUCUGUUGAUUCGGGCACUCCUCCCUCAGUUUGUUUGGAUGUUCCUUUUGAUCAAGGUGAUAUUCAUAAGGAAACAUUUGAGGUAUCCCAAUUAAUUCCAAAAGAAGAAGCCAAAUCAAUGCCUGAGGAGCCGGCUAUGGAGGCUGUUAUACUGUCUAGUGAAGUGGGGGAAGGUGCUGUGGAAACUUUAAAUAUAAUGGCAGACAAUGAGGAUUUACCAAAACAUUUACUUUUCAAAGUAUCAGCUCCAAUGGAGAAGAAGGGAAAGAAAGAAAAACGAUCUGCUGAUGUUACACAGCCAUUCGAAUCUACCGAAUCAGCCACUGAUCAUCCUAUAUGCCUGGAUGUUGCUUUAGAGUCCGAUGAUACUAGUAACGAAACGAUAUUUGAGAUCUCUUGUCAGGAUUCGUCGGUAGAAAUUGCACCUACUUCCAGACAAGAAACGGAUCAAUCAUUGAACCUUUAUUUGACUGAAAAGUCUGAACAGGUCCUCAGUUUACGAACAAAGCAACAGGUUAUGGCGGUUGAGGAGCUUGCAUCAAUAGAAAGCAAACGUGAGCAACGUGUCAGUGUUGAGCAGAUGUCUACAGAGUAUGAGCACGCUGAGGGACCGGGAAUACACAGUGUUGAAGUUCUUAUUGAGGAUGAAUCUUCAGAAGAAAUGGAAUAUUCGUGCAAUACGGCGGCGUUUAGAAGACAGGAAAGAAGCCGACUACGUGCACAGCAAGAGAAGUUCACACAGCAAUGGCAACAGUCCGAAAGAUCUGAAGUCAAAUUACAAACAGAAUCACAGAUGUCUGAGAAUCUGUUCAGCAGAUUGGCCAAACAAAAAGCUUAUACUACGUCUAGAUCUACAGAAGCAGUCGGAGACGACUCAUCAAGUGAGGAGGAGCAGCUAAGCAUAAAACAUCAGCUCUCCCUAGCUCGUCGACAACAAAGCAAUGUGCAUAAGGAACAACAGGAACGAGAGACUAUGUCAACAUCGCAGAUUCAGGCCAGUACUGCAAGUACUCGCUACAGCAGCAGAACAGGAGUGAGUAGCCGGCGGGUUAUUACAAGUGACAGUAUGAGCGACACCCCGCAGGAGCGUAUUACACGGGAGAGAAUUUCUCGAGCUAGAGCAGCGGCUUAUGAAGCUAACAAGCAGCUCCAUCAGCUGGCUUUGUCUCAACAACAGCAACAUCAGCAGCAACCGGCAGACCAGUCGACAGUGCAGUAUAUACGACAUGGAAGUGAUAUUGUGGCUGCAUCACGGGAUGAGCAUCUGAAGGCAACACCGGCCUCGCAUUUCAUCAAGAGAUCUGCCACUUCCACGUAUUCCUCUCAUAGGACAACCAGCUUGAUGCAGGCUGGUCAAUUUGUGACCUCGCGGUCAUCAUCGUCAGCACUAACACCACAUAAGAGACGGGCGAGAGUCCAUAAAUCUCUCGUGAAAGCAGUUUCCGAUGAUGGUUCGUAUCAACUCGUUCGGCGCAAUCUCAGCAUUCAAGAGCACCAGACGAUAGGCGGCAUCAGAGGUCCGUUAAUACAGCACAUAGAGGUGAUCAUCGAGGAGGACUCCGAUGCUGAGCAGGAGGAUGUGCAGGCGGCCAUCCACGAGCAGUAUGGCCACAAGAUCGUGAGCAUUCACAUGGCGAAAAAACUCAACUUUAACUCGUGGCAGGUGAUGGAGUACUACAAGGUCGUGCCACAGCUGGUCCGCCCAGUCGUCGAGGAACUGGACGUACUCAUCGAUACGGACUCCGAGAAGAAAUCGGAUGAUGAAGUGGCUCACCCGACAUUUACAUAUACCACUAAGCACUAAACUCGACCCAACAUCCGAAAUGUGUGAAGUUCAUUUUUGUCAAAUGUUUUUAGUCAUUUACGAAAUUUUUAUUUUAUUGGACUUUCACGCAAUUAUUUGGGUAUGCUUUGGUAGAUAAAUUUGUAUUCAAAAAGUCCAUA